GGUGGUUGGAAAAUAGUUAGUACCUUUACAGAAUGGAGCGUGUGUAGCAAAACAUGUAAUGGAGGAACUCGUCAAAGAACACGUAUAAGAAGUUGUACCGAACCAAUGCCCAAGUAUGGAGGCAAAUCUUGUGUAGGAUCAACUAUAGAAACUGAAACUGAAAGUUGCAACACAUUUAAAUGUCCUAGUUUUUGUUCAUGUGAGGGAUCGGGAGAUCCUCAUUAUUAUACUCCAGACGGUGCUGCUAUCCAUUUUAUGGGAACUUGUAAAUAUACGCUAUGGAAAUCAACGAUACCAGAUGAUAGGUGUGAAUUUAAAGUCGAGACAAAGAAUGAAAGACGUGGUGGGAAUACACAGGUUUCCUACACAAGAAGGAUUGAUUUCUUUUUUGAUAAUUCGACCAUUCGUAUUCUUCAAGGUGGCCAUACACUGGUUAAUGGAUUACGAGUAAGUUUGCCUGUAAAAACCGAAAAUGGAAACAUUGAAAUAUCAAGAAGUGGAGGUUUUAUAUCGGCUGUACAUGCUAAAUGUAACAUACGAGUUCAAUUUGAUGGCUACCAUUUGGUUAAUGUUAAGGUAUCUAAAGAUUAUUUUGCCGGAAAUUUGACGGGAAUCUGUGGCAAUUGUAAUGGAAAUUAUAUAGAUGAUCUUCAAACUAAAGAUGGAACAGACGUCGCUUCUCAAGGAAGAGCAGGACAUGCAGAUAUCGGAAAAAGUUACAAAGUAACAGAUGAUUCAGACCUACCAGAUGCAAGCUGUGAAGAUGAUUCCCCAUUUAAAGACUGUCCAAAAGACAAACAGGAAAUGGCCAGAAAAGAAACAUAUUGUGGCUUUUUGACAUCAGAUACCAGUCCUUUUAAAGCAUGUCUGAACUCUAAGAAAGUUAAUUUUGACCAGUUGUACAGUAGUUGUGAAGUUGACUUCUGUAAUUCGAACAAACUUGAUGUACAUUGUCAAACACUACAAACAACUGCUUUAGCAUGCAGUCAGAAUGGAUUUCAAAUCAAAUGGCGGACAUCUUCCUUCUGUCCGUUAAAGUGUAAUGGUGAUUUUGUAUACAAGUCAGCCAUAUCUUGUAUCAAUACAUGUGAUAACCCAACAGCGGAACAAAAUUGUCAAGACCCACCUAUAGAUGGAUGUACCUGUCCUAGUAAUACGUACUUGAAUGGUGAUAAAUGUGUAACGAUAGACAAAUGUGGAUCUUGCAGACUAAAUACUAAAACGGGAAAUCUAAAUAUUGCAUAUGGCGAUGUCUAUCCUAAAGGUGACUGUAUUGACUCACAAAAGUGUGAAAAAGAUAAUAGAAUAUUCAAAUUAGUAUCUGUAAAGUCAUUAAAAUCAUGUUUGGUGGAUGAAUGGUGCAAACCAAAUAAGCUUGGAAUAUAUGAGUGCGCAAAGAAGCCUGUUAAUGGAGAAUGGGAUUCAUUUGAUGUUUGGUCAGAGUGGACUGAAUGUAGUAAAACAUGUAAUAGUGGAAUGCGGUUUAGAUCACGGAAGAGAACUUGCACAGAUCCUAGUCCUAGAUUUGGUGGGAAAAACUGUGUAGGGUCUGGUAUAGAAAGAGCAACGAAAAUAUGCAACAAUUUUGAAUGUCCAAGUUAUUGUAGCUGUAUUGGAUCAGGCGAUCCACACUAUUACACACCUGAUGGUGCAGCUAUACAUUUUAUGGGCACAUGUAAAUACACACUAUGGAAAUCAACUAUUCCAAAUGAUAAAUGUAAAUUCAGGGUAGAGACUAAAAAUGAAAUACGUAGUAGCAACACUGAAGUUUCCUACACUAGAAUGAUAGAUGUAUAUUCAGGCGGAUAUAAAGUUCGGGUAUUAAAAGGCGGUAAUGUUUUAGUGAAUGGAAUUGCAGUUCGAGUACCAUUUGAAUCAGCAAACGGUCAAAUUGAAGUUUCAAAAACUAGCAAUCUGAUAACUGUUGUUCAUGGUAAUUGUGAUAUCAGGGUUCAGUUUGAUGGCAUACACCUUGUUAAUAUCAAGGUUUCUAAAGACUACUUUGGUGGUAACUUGACUGGAAUCUGUGGGAACUGUAAUGGAUUAUACAUGGAUGAUCUUAUGACAAAGGAUGAAAUAGAUGUUUCUUCCCUAGGAAGAAAUGGACAUGCUGAUAUUGGAAACAGUUAUAAAAUACUUGAUGAUUCCGAACAGCCAGGCGUCGAAUGUGCUGAUGCGAAACCUUUGAAAAAUAUAACGAAAGGGGACAAGAAAAUUUCGGAAGAGGAUGAUAAGUGUGGAUAUUUAUCACCAACAAAUGAUUACAGUCCAUUCAGGAUAUGUCGAGAGUCUUCAUCCCUUAACUUUACAAAACUAUUCCAAAGCUGCGAAUAUGAUGUCAGUGUUUCGAAUGCGGAAAAUGCAAGUUGUCAAACUUUGGAAGCUGCUGCUUUAGCAUGCAGUCAAAGAGGAAUUUUGGUGAACUGGAGGACGGAAAAGUUUUGCCCACUCACGUGUAAAGAUGGCAUGGUUUAUAGCACAUCUGUUUCAUGCAUAAACACGUGUAUCAAUAAAAAUGCAGACCAGAAUUGUCUUGAUCCACCAACCGAUGGAUGUGCUUGUCCCAAGAAUACAUACCUUAGUGGAGACCAGUGUGUAACGAAAGAUAAAUGUGGUUUCUGUAGAAUAGGUGGUAGUAAUAUCUUGAAUAGUCUGUCGUUGGGCGAUACCUAUCCUCAAGGAGACUGCAUUGACUCUCAAAGAUGUGACAAUGUCAGUGGUAAUUUGGAAUUGGUAAAUGUUCCAGCUUCAAAGCCAUGUCCUGGUAAAUGCGAAAAAAAUAACUUUGGAAUAUACUACUGCAAAACCGACAAUACAUCAGCUUCGGAAACCAAGACGGAAUCAGUCACACAACCACAACUUCCUGAUUUAAAGGUAUUAACCACAGUUUCACUAGCACCGAAUACUUUUGUAUCAACACCUGUAGCAACACCAGCUAAUACACCAUACACAACAAUUAAACAAGGAAUUAUUGUUACCACUUCAUCCCUUCCAGAGGACAUCACUAACGAGUUAGGAACAUCAGAAAUCAUACCAGAGAAAACUACAAUAGCAAAUCCUUUCCCAUCAGAUAAAAGCUAUACAGAUCAUUAUUCCGGGCCAACUUCAACAGAAAAUUCUGGAAACUUUGUCCAAAGUACUUCGGAACCUGAAAAAAUUACUAAAGAAAUAAAAUUAAAUUACUUUGAAACAACGUCAGAAAAAUUAACAACAGAUGAGAUGACAACUGUGAGAGUCGUACCGGAAGACGACAGAUUAACGCUAGCACCAAACAGUAGUAAUACUGAUAUGCCAGAAUCACAAUCAGUUUUAGAAACAACCACCUUACCAAGUGAUAUGGAAGAAACUACAAUUGACGGCAGAGAUAUGUUAAAAGAUUCUACGGCGAUAUCUGAUAAAACAACAGAAUCAAAUCCAUACGAUGUAAUUUUAACUACCCCGAGAGCUAGCACACAGGGUGGAGAGGUUCUUCUUGUAACCUCAUCCAGCACUAAAACUAGAGGUGGAUCAUAUAUAACCACACCAAUUUCUUAUGAAAGAUCGACAGAAAAAGGGGACAAUUUGGAGAUUGAUCCAACUUCAACAGAAAAUAAUGUUCCAGCUUCUACAAAUGCGAUGGAUACAGAUUUACUCAUUACCACUCCAAACGCUAUAGAUGCCGAGCAAGCUACUGUUUUUGAAACAGAACCUGACACUACGAAGACUGCUAACAUAAACGAAAGUCAAUAUUUUACUGGCGACUCGACGAGUCAAUCAAUCAAUGUUCCGACACAACCAUCUCUAAUAUCAGACGAAACACUUACAGAUGCUACCACUACAAAUGAUAUAAGUCCAGUUGAUAAAGAAUCCCCACGUGGACACACAACGGAAACCCAAGAAGGAGACACGACGAGUGAAUCAAAUAUUGUUCCAACACAAGCAUCUUUAAUAACAACAGAAAUGCUAGCAGAGGCUUCUACUGUAAACGAUAUUAUUCCCGUUGAUACAGAAUCCUCACGUGGAAACACAACAGAAAACACUGGAGAUACCACAACGUAUACCCUUCCAAUAACAGAGGAGAUACAAGUAGAAACUACUACUACGAAUGACAAAACUACACAACUACAUGAGUCGUCUACGCCACAGUCGAUUACAACACCAAAAGAAUCAAAAGAUUCAGGUGAAACGACGAGUCAAUCAAAUACUGUCCCACCACAAGCAUCUACAAUAACAGACAAAAUACAAGCAGAGGCUACAACUGCUAAUGAUAUAAAUCCCGUUGAUAAGGAAUCUUCACUUAGAAGCACAUCAGAAGGUACAACAGCUUAUUUCAAUCCUAUAACAAAGGAGCAGCAAGUUGAAACUUCUACAAUAAAAGACCAAACUACACAACUACCUAUGUCAUCAACGGCACAAUUGAUAACAAUACAAAAAGAACCAGAAGAUUCGGGUGACACGACAAGCCAAUCAAAUACUGUCCCAAUAGAGGCUACCACUGCAAAUGCUGUUAGUCCCGUCGAUAAGGAAUCAUCACUUGGAAUCACAACAGAAACCCCUACAGGUACAACAUAUCAUGUCAAUCCAAAAACAGAGGAGCAGCAAGUUGUAACUACUACUACAAAAGACCAAACAACAGAACUACCAAAUUUGAUUACAACACCCAAAGAAUCAGAAGAUUCAGAAACGAGCGAUUCAAAUACUGUUCCGACUAAGUUGUCUAUAACAACUGAAGAAAUACUAGCAGGGGCCACCACUCCAAAUGAUGAUAAGAAAAUAUCUACAGCUGGAAACCCAACAGAAAAUCCUGAAGCUACACCAUCCAGUUUUCAUCAACCAACAGAGGAGCAGCAAUUAGAAAUUACAACUUCUAAGGACCAAUAUACACAGCUAAGCUUAUUUUCUACGCCACAAAUGAGUACAAUUUCUAAAGAAUUAGCACCUUUAGAAGAGACUAGUGGAUCAAAUACUGUUUCGACACAAUCAUCGCUAAUAACUGAUGAAAUACAAACAGAGGCUACCACUGCAUUUAGUAAAGGUCUCGUUGAUAAAGUAUCUUCUACGGAAAGGACAACGGAAAACCCUGAAGGUACACCAUCUAAUUUCCAUCCAACAACAGAGGAGCAGCAAGUAGAUAUUACUACAACUAAAGACCAAACUACACAACCAACUUUAUUGUCCUCGCCACAAAUGAGUACAAUAUCUAAAGAAUUAACAUCUACUGAGGGCGCUACUGGAAUGAUUGACUCGACACAACCAACAACGACUGCUUGGGAACAAACAGAAGAUCAAUCUACGACAGUGGAAAUGAAAGACAAAACUACAAAUGUUGGAAGUAAGUCUGCAAACAAAACUGCUGUAGAGCCAACUGAUAUAUUGACCACAAAGACUGAGAUUGAAGGAGUAACUAAGGCUUAUUCAGAGUUUAAAUGCAAAACAAAAUGGGGAUACUAUCCUGAUCCAAACAACUGUGCAGGCUUUAUUCAGUGUGACUGGGGCAAGCCCAAACGAAGGCCAUGUGCCAAGGGAACAAUAUGGAAUCAAACUUAUAGGACGUGCGUUCAUGGAUCCUGUUAAAACCAGUGUGACCACUACAGAACUGACCUUUUACUAAAGAACAAUAAUCAAAUUCAGUGCUACGCAAUUGUAUCAAUUCAUUUGCUGAUAUGAUUUACAACAUAACUUCCUUUAUUCUCCGUUGAUAAAUUUUAAAAUUAUUAAUAAACUAAUGAUAUUUC